UAGGUUUGGUUAGCACCAUUUAUUGGCCCUGUGGAUAACAAUGGUUAUUAGGAUAGGCAUCCAGUCUAAAAGUCACUAACUCAAGCCACCACUAGAGAGCGCUAUCACAUGAUGUCAUCACUCAUUUGGUUGGGGAAUCCCAAACAUUUAGUGAGGUAUACGCCAAACUUUAAUAUUCGUCCCAGACGUCGGCAGAAAAUCCUAGUAUUUUCCGGGAUCGUGACAAUAAUUCACUCCGUGAUUAUGCACGAAUGAUGGGCAGUCAUGACUCCAUGCUCGGAAGUGUAUGUUUACACGGUUGUCACAGUUGUGGCGGCAUGUUUGACCACGUCUGCCGGAGCCCCUGCUGACACCAGUAGAUGUCCAAAUCUUUCUGAUGGUGCUCCACAGUACUAUGAUGACGGAGAUGGCCGGUGUUAUCCAUGUCCCAGAUGUGAUCCAGGCGAAGGAUUAUCUGAGGUAUGCGGUGAUGGCCUGGGGAAGAAUGCCCGAUGUCAGCCAUGUCCAGAUGAAAGUUUUCAAUCUGUCUCUGCUGCCAGUGUAUGCAUUACUUGCCGUCGAUGCGACAACACCAUGGAGGAUGAGAUUCCCUGUACACCAGAGACAGACCGGAAAUGUGGCAAGUGUGAAUUAAGAUAUUUUCGUUAUAAUCCACGCGAUGACCACUGUGUACGCUGCCAAGACGAGAGAAAUAGCCAAUUCUAUCCAGAUUGUCUGCGGACAACACCACUGCCACAAGCCUUGGACGCGACACAAAAUGCAGAGACCUCGACAACUUACAUCCCUACACCAAAUGAGGGUCCUCUCAUGAGUCCAGUUGGCAUUGCUCUCAUAGUGAUAUUGGCCUUGGUUGUUUGUACCAUAAUAAUCAUUGUGCUUUUCUGGAAAUGUCGUCAUCGUACAUGUUCGUGUCGAGUGAGUAGUCUUUGUGACGGAAGAAAGAAGAGGCCCCGGCAUUGGCGGCAUACAAUUUUGAAAGUUACAAGCAUGUCUGAACCAGCAUAUCCUGAAAGUCAACCAAAUAUUCAACAAAUGGCACCAGAGCAAAUGCAGAGAGGCACACCAAUAACUGUGCACUCCAGCCAACAUCAGCACAGUGAAGUUCAUGUGGAUUUGGAAGUUGGACAAGAAGAUCCUGAGAAUCAACCAGAAACUGAACCUCUGAUAAUACCAGUUUCAGGUCAUGAUCUCACCGAGACCCCAUCUGGGUCAAACGUUGAGUCAAUGCAGGGUGCCAUACCGACAGACUCUAGCCAUUAUCUGCUCAGCAAGGCUCAGCAACCAACCGAAGACUCAGAUCCCCAAUCCGCUGAUGAUGCUGUUGAUAACCCAAAUGAUCAGAAUGAGGAGGAGGGGUCUGAGGAGAAUGCCCAACACAGGGACGCCGAGGAGGCCUCUGCUCCCCAAGACAGUGGUACCUCUAACACCAUGCAUGAUUCUGAUCAGAGAGAGAUGGGCGAUGAGGUAAAUCGGAGGUAUUCCGAGGAGUCAUCAUCAAGUAAGGCCACACAGACAAGCUUGGAUAGCAAUAGCCCCUCUGCAUCACCUGAUGAGGUGCUGGAAAGCGAGGAUGAAGAAGACAAGCACAAACGAUUCCUGGAGAGAUUUGAUCAAGCUAUAAAAUGCACAAAAGGAGUACCCAUUUCCAAAAUGAAUCGGGAGGACAUAACCCUGCUUCACGAGAACAUGUAUGAACAACCAGAGAAUCUGUGUACUUCCAAAAUAUUUCACUAUGCCAGGUUUGCUGAACUUUUUCACAUUCACAAAAAUCAAAUAAGGAUGUUUCGAAACGCAGAGGAUGUUCUACAUCACCUUGAAGCAACUAAGGUGGUUGAAAUGACUGUUGACAAGAUACUUGAGAAACUUAAGGACUGCGGGAAGUGCUAUCAUAUAGUGCGGGAGCUUGUGGACCAAAUUCUCAAACGAGAGCAACCAAAUGCUGGUUGAUGUAUUCUUCAGCCUUCGGUUGCCAAAAUCAUACCAACAAACCUUGUAAAUAACAAUUAAUUUCAUGUUAGAUAGUUAUGUGAUAGUUUAGGGUCAUCAUAUUUUGUUUUACAUGUAUUCAUAUGCUUCAUACGAAUUCAUUCAGGAAGAACCAACGAAACCUGGGAUUACUGUUUUAGAAAACCCUAAACUUUUGGAUGACACUUUUGUUGAGAUGAAUUCUUGUGGAAUUUCAAAGUUGAAUAUAGAAACUAGUAGUAUUAUCUACUAGCAUAUGUUAACAUUUAAGUUGUUUAGUAUUAAAUAAGUAGGCAAGUAAAAUAGUAGUAAUGGCCAUAAAGAAUACUUUUACUGGUUGUGGGAAAGGUUUGAAACAAUUCUUAUGAAUAAAAAGUGAGUGUAUAUCUAGACUAGAUAUAUAGCCCAACUUUAGUUGGAAUGGUCUUAACUUAACCUGGGAUAGUCCCAACUAAUGUAUUUCAACUGGUUGGAAUACAUAAGUUUGGACAGUCCCAGCUUAAGUUGGGACGGAUGGAUUAGUUGAGCAUGCACUGCCUGCCACAUUCAUGGUCCUUGUCAUUAUUUGGUUGUAAGACAAAUCAAAAAAUUAAAGUGGCCUGAUAUUUCUUCAAGACAGUGAGGUUGUUCUUAAUUUUGUACCUGUAUUCAUAAGAAAAGGUUUUAUAUUGUCUUACCUGCAAGUACUAUGCACGUGUAAAUAUUAUGCACGGAUAAUGGAUGGUGAUAACGCUGUACUUGUAUAAGAAUUGAAGAAUGUAAAUAAUUGGGUUUUUUAUAUUUUUUGGUUGGAGCAGCUUGACAGUAAUGUGCCUCUUUUGGAUAUAGCAUGGUGUUCUGCGGCGUGGAUACUUUAGAUAAUACUAUUAUUUUUAUCAUAAAGACGAAUCCGGGCACAUGAUCAAGGUUUGAAGGCCCCCUUCAAUGGCAAAGGUAAUAACGUAUUGUGCUAGCUAUUGUUCACAACAACUGCCCCAUGACGGAUUAUUUAAACAAUAGUUAGCACGAGCUUUUGCCAUUGAAUGGGCCUUCUGGAUAGAUAAUGAUAGCAUUCCUGGAUAGGUUAUUCCAACUUGUUUUGUGUUUUUAUAUCAUUGACUGAAAUCCUAUUCUUUGGGGGAAAAUUGUGUCCUGAAUGCAGGUGCAUUUUUUUAAAAACGUUUACCGGUACGUCUUGUUUUCAAGCUUUAGUUAACAUUUCUUUGUUUUAGUUUAUAAUGAUAUUAUUAUUGACAAUGACUGUUAAGUUACAGUUACCCACCUGGUACAGAGAUGGUUGUGGGAAGCUGAGCCAUAAAGGUAGCUAAGUCAAGAUGUUUAGUACUUUCUUGAAGACCGAGAGUAAUGCACCUUGGUAAACAGGACUGCAAAAUAAAACAAAUGGUACUCUGAUCAAAUUAAAACAUUCUUAUUAAAGAUGUGAUUUAAAUUGUGUUUUUAAUACUUUUAAUCUAUGGUUAAAGGUGUUUAGUAGCUACUUUUCAGUGGAAGUGAAGUUAGUGACCAUUAUGAUUCUGUGAACCAUUAAAUUCGAGUGAAAGAGAUAGUACAGGUACUCUGAUUAAAUUAAAGGCCUUUUUGGUCAAAAACUAAUUCAAAAUGUAUUUUUCUAUAAAAUAUCUGUAUGAAAAGUUACUUUUAAAAUUUUAAUAACAGUACUCCUUUUUUUAAACUUUUUUUUAUAUUUUCUGUAAAUCUGAAAUGUUAUUUUGAUAUGCAUCGCGCCUUGUACUUAAAUCAGCUUUGUUUGUAUAUUUGGCCUUGUUUGUACACUUUGCACCAUUAAGCUUUUGACGCAAUAAAACAGCAAUAGUAGCAUAUUAGUUAACUAUGCUAA